CUUAUUAAAAAAAAAAAAAAAACCCAACUAUCAAUCCCUGAAUCUGUCAAAGCAACUUCUGAGUUCUGAGUUCUGAGUUCUGUCCUUUGGCAUUUUCAGACAACUGCGAAGCUCAAGUCUUUUGUUCAAACAAUCCUUAAAAACAAACCAAGGCCCUGCCAGAAGACCUUUCCUACAAAAAUGAAACGUAAGAAGUGGUCAGAGCUUGAAGAACAAACCCUUUUGUCCAAAUACUCCGAUCUUUUCAAUUCAGGAACUUUAUCCAAACUCAAAACCAGAGAGAAAAAGUUCAAGCCCAUAGCUAACCAUGUUAACUCAGUUCAUCAUCAUAAAGAUCCCAUUACUUUUCCUUUCGAAUGGUCUUGGCGUGAUGUAUCUAUUAAGGUUCAAAACAUGAGGCACCAGUAUUUGGGGGUGAAGCAGAAGAUUAGAAUUUCAAAUGAUGAGUUUAAUUGGAAAGAUGGUGAGAAUCAUUGGGAAAAUUUUUUGAAGUAUAAAGAGGUUUUUGGUGACGUGGAACUUGAAGUUAAAGGGAAGAAAGCAAGUGAAAGUAAUGGUAAUGGGAGUGAUUUCUUUAAGGAUUGUUGUGACUUGGGGUUCGAAAUUGAUAGUGAGGAUUUUGAGGAGGAAGAGGAAGAAGAUGGUGUUGAUGGGGAUGGGGAAGGAGAUGAUGGUGGUGAGGAGAAGGUAGGGAGUGAGGGUGAGUUUGGAGGAGAGAGGGAAUUUGGUGAUAUUGGUACUUCUCGUGUUCAAAAAUCGAGGAAGGGUGUAGGAGGAAGUAAGGGGUUUGGAUUGCUUGGAACAAAGGUUUUGGAGUUGAGAGAUGUGGUGGUGAGGAGGGAAGAGAAAAGGAGGGAAAGAGAGUUUGUAAGAGAGAAAGAUGAGAUGGAGAGGGAGCAAAAGAGGAGGGAAUUGGAGUUUGGGAAGGAAAAGCGGUGGAGUGAGAGGGAGGAGAGGAUGGAGGAUUGGGAAAUGGAGUUCGAGGAAAGGGAGUUGGUUUGGGCUAGGAGGGAGAGUGACAGAAGAUCGAGGUUAGAGAAGGAAUUGGAUGAGGAGAGGAGGAGGAGGAGGAGAAUGGAGGAGGAGCGCCAAGAGGAGGAGAUGGAAAUGAAGGAAAGGAUGGUGGGAUUGCAGAUUGAACAUGAAAAAGCAAUGAUGCAAAUGCAUAUGGAGGCAUGCCAGAACCAAAUGCAGAUCCUUGGGGUUAUGGCUAGGCUCUUUUGUCAGUUUUAUGGUUCAGCAAAUGAUGGGUUAGCAGCUGGUUUGGGGGGUUUGCCUCCUCAAGUUUUACAAAAUUUGCAGCAUCCUGGAGGAUUAGGUGACAAUGGGAAGCCUGAUUCCAGUUCUCCUUCUGAAUUCAUCUAGACUAUAAUUCAAUCACUUCUGUGGAUGUUUCAUUGUCUAAAAGUGCUUUUUUUAUAUGUGUGAACACGUGUGCAUAUGGGGAUGAUAUUCUCUAUGAGUUUUAGUGUUUUCA